AUGCCCAACGAGUCCUCGCCUCAGAAAGCCGAGCGCCAGGCGCGUCUUUCUCACGCGAUGGGCGUCAUGUUCCUCCAAGACAAGGUCGACAAGCUCGAACAAGACGUUAGCAAGAUCACCUAUCCUCGCGGAAUGCACAAGACCAGAAGUGCACCUAAUCCACACACGCGUCACGGCGCUACUUCUCCUGCUGCCCAAGUUCGUGCCCAGCCAAGAGCCGUCACAGGUCCAUGGGUGCCUGCAGGCACAGAUGCAGCUAACGUCAUCGAUUCCAAUCAGACCACCAAGUUAGCCUCGUCCAUCCGUCUCGUCGAUGCAAGUGUGCUCAUCUUCUCGCUGCGAAGUGUACACAACUGGAGCCGUGACCAGUCCACUUGCGUCGUGAUUCCACUCGAAGCCAUCAACACCCUCGAUCUGCUCAAGAAGGGUGACGAACCAAUCAACCUCGCGGCGCGAAAGGCCACGCGCUGGUUAGAGGACAAGAUCGCCGUCUCGACUCAGGACCGAGAUACGAUACUCACCGAGCCUGCCCCGGGCAUUUUUGCGCAGAAGGAGCAUUUUCGCGUCGCGUCUGCCCGGAUUGCGAAAGCCAGGCAGGUCAGGCUGGGUCAGCUUCAAUCCGAGACCACAGGCCACGAAGACGCCGACGCCGACACCGACACCACCGCUGCUGGCCUUGACCAGGAUCCUGCAUGGACACAGCCAAAGGACACAUUCACCGCAUCAGAUGCACCUCGCUAUCUCCGCGAACUCCUCAGCGUCUGUCUGUACUGCCUCGAAAAUGCAACAGCAGCCUCCAACUAUGCGGUUGCCAUCGCGUACCCGCCCCAUCAUCUGCAAGAAACGAUUCUCGAGGCGCAAUCUGCUACCAAUGACAAGCCCAGCUAUUUGAACCGUACCGACGGACGAGCGACCGAGGCAUGGUUGGACGCGUACGGUAUACCUUUCGAAGUGGUCCCCACAUCCAAGACAUGGACGGGCGAGAAGCCGUCGUCUCGCUUCCGAGGCGAGAUUGUAGGUGGUCACCACAGCCUCGGGUCAUCCGAGGAUCUGGCGGGGUCUGUGCACAGCUUCAAAGGUAGGAGGAAAGGGUCGCCGACACCUUCCGUCUCUUCGUCGACGAGUUCGUUCAAGUCGGAACUGAGCGGACUGUCCAUGUUCAGCUCGCACAGAAGCCCGCGCUUGCGGCCAGAGUCGCGAUUCGCAGCCACAACGGCUCCGCUCAGGUCAGUCCGAGGCUUGUCCACUUCCGCCGCUGCCGCCGCCACCGCCUCCGGCAACGCAGCGACCGAGGCAUCCACAGCUCUUAGUGGCACAGAUGACUCGGAAGCGCCGACCGACUCAGCGGACGAAGACGGCCCCAUCGUUGCGCGUCCUUCCUCGGCCGCCUCUUCGCACACGUCGUUCGUCUCGAGCUUCACCACCUCGACGCAGGAUGAAUGGUCGAGUCAGACUUCGGCUUCGGCUUCCUUCUCGUCCCACUGCGGAACCCGGAUUGUGCGUCGUGCGCCCUCGCCUUCCCCUAUCGCGCCAACGGCGACGACAUCUGCAAUGGAUUCAGGCUCUUCUGCCUAUCCGAUGUCGUCAACGUCCGCAGCCACUAGCUCAGAUGGAGGGUUCGCGUCUCCCAGGCUGACCAGUCGCACACUACAUAAGACAAAGUCAGGCGCGGAGAAGAUGGAAGAGUAUUUGCGAAGAUUGGAGGCCGGCGCGAGUGCGGCGGGAGCGGCAGCAGGAGGCGGACGGACGGCGACAGCAACGCCUACGCCUGGGGCGAUGAAUCGGUCCGGCGGAUGA